AUGGGUAACGAUGCAGAGGCUGAGCAAGAAGAAGAAGAGGAAAGUGUGUCGUCACUUAUCACAGUACCCGAGAUAAGUAUGGAGUCUAGUGGGAGUGAAAGUGUUUUUUCACUCCCAAAUGCACAGAUGCAAAAAAGGCCUGCGGGAUCUCCUCUGUCCAAAGCAGAGGAGAAAAAGCAGAGAGCAUCGCAACGGCCAGAUAGUUCCUCUUCGGAAAAUCUGGACCGUAUGUGGCCUCAUGAAUCCCCAAAUGAAGUGUCCUUUUUGCAAGUUCAGAUUAGAGCAUCAUCGCCUAAAGAGCCGCAAGAGAGCUCCUCUGCGGCCCUGCAGGCUAUAAGAACCUGCUACCCUGACUCCAGAAUAGUGGAGAUUAAGGAAGAGCAGAAUGACAGGCAUGAGCUUUUAGAGGAAUUGCAGCCACACAUGCUGGGGAGGGUGCCACUUGUGGUUGCAGGGGAUUUUAACUGCAUUUUAAACAGAGCAGACAGAAAAGGAGCAGGGGAGGAUUUUAAGGUGGAUAAAACGUCAGUUUUAAUGCAAAGCUUAGUGAAGGAUUUUAAAUUAGUUGACUGUUUUAAAACUUUGCAUCCAAGAGAGGUGGGCUACACCUGGGUCAGUGGUGAUGGUGCCAAGGCCUCUCGCAUUGACUAUAUAUUGACACGUGACUGCCCGCCAACUGAUGCUAUAGUGACACCUAUGUAUUUUUCUGACCACGCUAUGCUUUCUUGCACCCUUUCUUUCACCACAGGAGUGACCGUAGGGAGAGGGAUCUGGAAGCUGAAUUGCUCUCUGUUGCAGGAUGAGGAGAUAGCUAGAGAAUACAGAGAGCAAUUCAGCCAAUGGCAGACCCUCCAAGACUUUUUUAAUUCACGAGCACAGUGGUGGGAGAUGGUGAAGGAUCGGACCGGACACUUUUUUAGAAAGAAAGGGACACAGAAAAAGAAUACAGAAAAGCGACGCAUGUUGGGGCUGCAAAAACGACUACAGAGCCCCCCUAGGUCUUUUCUUUUAGCGUUGGAUCGGGCGGUGUUUUACUUCUUUUGGGGGUCCAAAUGGGAACGAAUACGGAGAGACGUGGUGAAGAAAAGGAGAGAGAAUGGAGGGAAAGGGCUCCCGGACCCCCAGUUGUUUCUAGGAAGCAAAUUCACCGCCCUCCACAUCAAAUAUGCCAUUACCCCACCCAGCAACAAUAAGACUGCGGCAAUGGCGAGGUUCUGGAUGGGGUCAUACUUGCGUACUCUAAAGAUUUUAACCAUGGAUCUUAGAACUCCAGUGUCUUUUAAUAUGCCUAAAGAAUACAAUUUUAUCAAGAAGUUUUUAAAGAAAUACCGCUUGGAGGACCAAGAAGCCACGGUUUUAACUAAUCACAAGUCUCUUGUCUCUCUUGUGCAGGACCGGGAAACAGUGAGUCCAAUUCCGGGCCUCACACUGGGUGAGGCCAAACAAGUUUGGAGGAAUGCAGCCCACCCCGCUCUGCAGAACAGGCUCAAGGACCUGACGUGGAUGGCAGCGCAUGAAAUUCUCCCAGCCAGGGCGGUCAUGCACUCCAGAGGAAUGGCCAAAAAUCCCAUCUGUCCACGUCCAGGGUGUAAUGCCCCGGAGACUGUACGACAUCUCCUCUGGGAGUGCGGCACUGCGCGGGACCUGUGGGCCAUAACUGGCCCCCUGUUUUUUCCGUGCCUGCCAGCGGGUGGGGUCCAGAUGGACUACAAGCUCGCCAUCUAA